AUGAAUAUGCCUGUCAUCGUGGCUGCUCACCACGGCUUCGGACGAGACAUGUGGGGAAUCCCACCGGACAAGAUCACCGCCGCCUUGAAAUGGCUGUACGUUGCCUAUUUCAUGUACAUGAUCGCAGAGUGCUUGUGCCAGCUCUCCCUCCUGGCUUUUUAUCUGCGCAUCAUGACCGACCGCAAGAUACGCAUAGCAGUUUGGAUCCUAUUCGCCUUGACCGUCUCCUUCGGAUUAGGCAACGCCUUCGCCAUGAUCUUCCAAUGCACGCCCAUUCCUAUGUUCUGGGACGGGUGGAGGGGCCAGAUGAAGGGAUCUUGCAUCGACGUGCAAUUGUUUGGAUACGUUCGAGGAGCCAUUGAGAUUGCCCUCGACUUGGCCAUUCUGACUAUGCCACUGCCUAUGCUGUACAAGCUGAACAUGACGCCAAAGAAGAAGAUGCAGAUCAUGUCCAUGUUCUGUGUCGGUUUCGUCAUCACAGUCGUCAGCUGUCUCCGACUCAGGUCUUUUGUCAAAUUUGCGCAGACGCAGAAUCCUACCUAUGACAACACCGCUGGUCUGUACUGGUGCGCAACCGAAUCCAACCUAUUCACGGUCGUCGCCUGCAUGCCUGCAAUACACGCAAUUAUACACAAGAUGUUGAGAUCCGUCCGCGGUAACAGCAACUACGCAAGCAAAGGCCACUAUGGAAGCAAGGGUGGACAAUACGACCUUCCAAGCAAAGGAUCGUACUUGCGUCAGACGUCAGGAAAGGGAGAGCGCCAGGGCUCUCUGCCGUUUGGCAAAAUCCAGAAGUCUACGGAUGUGACCAUCUACCGUACUGAACGGUCGAGUUCGGACAUUGAGCUGGUCAAGCACACGCCUCCGGCGAGCACCUGA